AGAAUCAGUCUGCUGCCUGGGAUCUCGGAUCUGUACAGACAGGCAGAGGAGGCGACACGGGUUCGAUUCCCCCAACCCCCCCUUUCUCUGGAUUCAUUUGCCACCAGCCUGGGAGGGGGGUCUUCUUCCAGGAUCAUCUCCAGGGGGGUCUUCAGCUCGCAACGUCUGUUCAGAGGAAACCGAACUCUUGCCCUAGAGACAGAGGUGGAUUAUUGUCCGGGAUUUGGCUGUAGAUCAAGGGGGGGUCACUGCGUGGCUGUGGACUGGGGGCAUUUAAAAAAAAGAGGAUCGAGGCUGGGGGCAUGAAACAGGAGGGAUCAGGACUAUUCCUACCCCACCACCACCUCCUCAAUACCUUUAAAGAAAAGCACAGAGAGCUGGCAGUGCUGAUUGGCUUCCGAUCGCUGGGGACGGAUUAAUACAUAUUAUCUUUGCAUUACUCUGUGAAUUAUCUUAGAAUCAUGUUAUUUUAAAGAUUCCAUACGUGAAUUUCUGGCUAUUUCCUGGAAUAUUGAAUCACCAUCAUCAUUAUCAUCAUCAACAAAAUACCUACAGAAAAAGGGGGAUCAGCAAACCGAGAUCUGUGUUCCGUAUAUAAAAUUGCAGAUUUAGGAAGAAGUGGCAGGACUUUUCUCCUCUCGCUCCAGGCUGGAAUUCGAUCUGCAGGACUGAACCGUCUCUCCUUACGGACAGAUCCGGGAUUGCGCUCUAUGGAAACAACCUCAUGAAUUUUGUUGCUUGGCAAAUUUUAAAUCUUUUCGGUUUUAUUAUCCCCUUUCGUUUGCUAGCGCGUUGUAUAAAAUCAAUGUGGCUUCCUUUUAUUUCUAUUCUUCUUUCCGAACCCGUCGCGAGGUGCAGUUGUUUCGCCUUCAUUUUGAAACAAAUCCCUUUUUUUAUUAAUGGAAUUUGUUCGGUGAACCUACAGUGGAAACCGUAUAAACUGCUUCUUUUCAGCAUUAAGGAUUUCAGUAUCUGAAAAUUCUGGUCACUGAUUGAUUUAUCCGGGACAAGAAAAAAAAAUAGAGAAUAAUAAUAUAUUUUGUUAAGAUAAACUCUUAUUCUAUAUUUCAACUAAAACAUUUUUCUAUAUAUAUAUAAAUAUAUAUAAAAGGACUGGUUAUUUGUGGCACUUGCUUUAGUAAUUGAAUUUCUGUGACCUGCUGAAUUCCGCUACAAAGUCUGUAUUCACUUCGUGUCAUUGGCAGAAAAUGGCAGAAAAUUGGAAAAACUGUUUUGAGGAGGAGCUGAUAUGCCCCAUUUGCCUGCACGUUUUUAUGGAACCUGUUCAACUCCCUUGUAAGCACAAUUUUUGCCGAGGGUGUAUUAGCGAGGCCUGGGCUAAAGAGAGCGGCUUGGUUAGGUGCCCUGAAUGCAACCAGGCCUACAACCAAAAACCUAGCCUCGAAAAAAACCUGAAACUCACAAACAUCGUGGAAAAGUUCAACUCUCUCAACGUAGACAAGCCGCCCUCUGUCCUACACUGCGUGUUCUGCAGACGAGGACCCCCGCUUCCUGCCCAGAAAAUCUGUUUGAGGUGUGAAGCACCUUGCUGCCAGUCCCACGUCCAAACUCAUCUACAGCAACCUUCCACAGCCCGAGGCCAUCUUUUGGUGGAAGCCGAAGACGUUAGAGCUUGGAGUUGUCCUCAACACAACGCCUACCGGCUGUACCACUGUGAGGCAGAGCAAGUCGCCGUGUGCCAGUUCUGCUGUUACUAUAGUGGUGCCCAUCAAGGUCAUUCUGUGUGUGAUGUUGAGAUCCGAAGGAAUGAGAUCCGGAAAAUGCUAAUGAAGCAGCAGGAUCGUCUGGAAGAACGGGAGCAGGACAUCGAAGAUCAGCUCUACAAACUGGAAUCUGACAAGAGACUUGUGGAGGAAAAAGUCAAUCAGCUGAAGGACGAGGUCCGUCUGCAGUACGAGAAGUUGCACCAAAUUUUGGAUGAGGACCUGAGGAAAACAAUGGACAUUCUGGAUAAAGCUCAGGCCAAGUUCUGCAAUGACAACGCAGCACAGAUUCUGCAGCUGAAUGAACGUAUGCAAGAGGCCAAAAAACUACUGAGCUCUGUGCAGGUCAUGUUUGACAAAACAGAGGAUAUCAACUUCAUGAAGAAUACCAAGUCUGUGAAAAUCCUGAUGGACAGAACUCAAAACUGCACUGGGGGCAGCCUCCCUCCACCUAAAAUUGGACACCUGAACUCCAAACUCUUCCUGAAUGAGAUUGCCAAGAAGGAGAAGCAGCUGAGGAAAAUGCUAGAAGGUCCGUUCAGCACCCCUGUGCCGUUCCUCCAGAGCAUCCCUAUGUACGCCUGCAAUGUCAGCAGCUCAGGGGCAGAGAAGCGCAAGCAUUCGGCCGCCUUCCCUGAAGGUAGCUUCCUUGACGCAGCAUCCGGAACUGUUACAGGCCAGUAUAUGAGCCAGGGAUCUUCCACUGGUGAAGGCCAGUCUGCACAACCCAUGGUGCCUUGCAGCUCCACCCAGCACAUCGUAGGACUUCCUAGUGGACCACAGCCUGUCCACUCCAAUUCGGUCUUCAAUCCCUCUCACUAUCCGAACAGCACAUCAUCUCAACAAUCUGUCCUCUCCCAGUACGGAGGACGCAAGAUCCUUGUCUGUUCAGUGGACAACUGUUAUUGUUCCUCUGUGUCCAACCAUGGUGGCCACCAACCCUAUCCUAGGUCUGGCCACUUCCCUUGGACAGUCUCUUCUCAAGAGUAUUCUCAUCCUCUUCCACCCACCCCUUCAGUAACUCAAUCUCUUCCCGGACUCGCUGUCAGAGAUUGGAUUGAUGCUUCCCAGCAGCAUGGUCGCCAAGAUUUCUAUAGGGUCUAUGGGCAGCCUGCCACUAAGCAUUAUGUUACCAGUUAACCACAGCGUGAGUUAGCCUUGCUACAUAUGCAUUCAGAGGACAACCCUCUGAAAUGGAACAACCUUAACCUCUUUAGUUACGGAAAACCCAAUCCGCUACUGAAUAUGGUUAACAUUGGAUUUUUUUUCUUUUUCUUUGAUUCCAGUUAUUUUGGAGAUGAUGUAUGCCCUGUUUUUUGUGUUGCCCCCUCCCCCCAUCUACCAAAAGAACUUUACUUUUUUUUCCCUCUCUUAAUGCUUUGUAGUUUCUGCCGAUUUCUAUCAUUUGAUGCAAACUGCUCUUGAUGUUUCCUGUGUGUAUUUCUUUUAUUCCUUUGUUGUCGGUUUACUUUGUUGCUUUAGAAAUAAACAAACUUUCAUAUGUGAUAGAA